CAGAUUAGUCAAACCGAAGUUUCACGUCAAGUCGAAUACGACGGAGUGAAUGUAUAGCUUUAUAACUUGACUUAUCCUUAAUUUUGCCCGCUUCCUCAAAAUGUAUAAUAACGAUGUCAAGGAUUGUGAACUGUUCGAAGUGACAAGUUGGCCAGAACAUAAAGCUAUCCUGUGUAUUUUAAGUUAGUGACCACGAACUGGAAGUCUUAUACAUUUAUUGUUGUUAUUGUUGCCUGCCUGUUGAUUUAUGAUCUAGUGAUUGCCGCGAAGGUAAAAUAAGGAUUGCAGAAUCUGCAAGAGAAAUAUUGCCUAAACUUUCAAAUCAAUGGAACCCGAUGAUCUCUUGUCCUACUGACCGAAAUCGCAAGAGAAUGCCGGUUGAGGAAGUUGAGGUGCUCGAACAAAACGAACCUGUUCCUACAGCAUCAACAGGAAAAAUGUCGGAACCAGAUAUAACUAACAAUUUGUUAAACACGCCAGGAGAAAUGGAGGAGAAGGUUCAUAUGAAUGAGGCAUCAUCUUCUAUUACCGAAAAUUUCGACUGUUCUAGUAGCAAUACUGGUAUUGAAAGCGCGACACUAAGUGAAGACACACAAAUAUUUGAGUUGAAGGAAAAGGAAGUUUUUUUAUCGAAUAGACUAAUUGAAGUAGAAGGGGAGGAUUCAGCAACGGAGAGCUUACAAACUUUGGAGGAGGAACAGGAAGAACCCCAUGACAGAUCUGACGGAUCAGAUUCAGGAUUGGGCUCGGAAAUUUGCGAGGAACGACAAGAAAUAUCAUCGUCGACCGAUGUUCUCGAGGGUAGCGACUCAGAAACGUCAUUUUUCGCCAGGAUGCCCAUCGAGGAACCUUGUCCAGAAACCAAUGCAUCUGUACCAGAACAAAUUAUCGGUCCCGAUGACCUCUCCUCGGAUGAACACGCCAUUUCUACCAGUACUGGGGAAGUGUCGUUAGAACAACAACCGAAAAAGAGCAACCUGAAGAGAAAGCUGUCAACCGACGAUGAAUCCGGGCCGAAGGCUAAAAAGAAACGGGGUAUAAGUUUCGACAGCGUCACCGUCUAUUAUUUCCCCAGAGCCCAAGGCUUCACCUGCGUCCCGUCGCAAGGAGGCUCCACGCUAGGCAUGGGGGCCUACCACACCCACUCGAAAAAAUUCACAAUCAUGGAACACGCCAACGAACAGAGGAGGAUUCACCGUCAGCUGAUGCAGCAGAUGAGGAACAAGAGCGCAUCUAACCUGGCAGCCGCCACCUCCAGCGAGGAGAGUGAGAGCGAGGAGGAACCAAGCGACGCUUCUGAGUCGGAGAUGGACAUGGACAACUAUUACUUCUUGCAGCCGGUGCCCACUAGACAGAGGAGGGCCUUGUUGAAGGCCGCUGGGGUUAGGAAGAUCGAGUCGUACGAGAAGGACGACUGCAAGGACAUAAGAUCGUCCAGGGAGUUUUGUGGUUGCGGUUGCAAGGGUUACUGCGAUCCGGAAACCUGCUCUUGCAGUCAGGCUGGAAUUAAGUGCCAGGUAGAUAGGCUUAACUUUCCUUGUGGAUGUUCCAGAGAUAACUGUGCCAAUUCUUCUGGUCGGAUAGAGUUUAACCCGGUGAGGGUGCGAACGCACUUUAUUCAUACUCUGAUGCGGCUAGAGCUUGAGAAGAAGCAAGAAACGGAGGAAGCGUUGAAGGCGGAGGAAAAGAAGAACCAGCGGAACUGGAUGGAAAACGAGAGGCUGAACAUCGAGUACAAGGAGGAGAAGACGAAAAACUGCCGUAUUAUGAAGUUCUCCAAUGGACCUAACGUGAGGAACGAGUUGGGGGUGGAAAGUUGCAUCCACGACGGUAGCUUCACGAACCUCCACUACGGAGCGCCGGGAGAAGGACCUGGAGGCCUGAACCCCCCAGGGUUUGGAGAUCUGCCGGCUAGAAGCGACUCUUUGGAUCUUUACUCGUUCAGGGAGGAUUGCUACGGGGAGGAUUCGACACAAGACGGGAGCGCAGUCGAUAUGAAGCAUGCCUAUACGUCCGCGCCAACUCCAGGUCACGGCUUCCAGUUUUCCGAUCCCCGGUUUUCCGACGGCGUUUUCCUGGCGUCGGCGUCCUCGUACCCCGCCCCCAAUCAAUACUCGUACCAUCCCGGCUUCGCCGAUUUCAACGCGGUUUUCAACCCUUACCCCGUGUACGGCGAUUUUGCCGGGGAGGGCACCAAGAGCGGUUUCGCGUCCGAGAGCUCGCCGAGUUGCAGUUACGAACAGUUGUUGCCGAACGUUGGCGACGGUUUCGGCUCGGAGAAUUCCAACUCGAAGGAAAAUCAAUACACCAGCUUGAACCCCGUGGAGUCCAAUAAUAAGAUCGAGUCGUUCUCCGACCUCAUCCACGGCCGUUAUGGCAGCUUUGCCACGUUCAACGAGAACUUCGUGCAGGGUUUGGACAGUUCCGAAGACGUGAACUCGAGCGGCGUCGUCGUCGAAGAGGCGGAAAGUGCAGAGAAGAAUGAGGCGGUUAGUUCGAACGCAGUAACGGACAAUGCGACGGAAUGCGGUGAUAAUUUCGGGGAGAUAAUCAAAAAAUCGAUGGUAGAAACGGUUUCUGCUUAGCUCUGAAAUUUUUUUAAAAUUGAUAUGAUUAUUAUUAUUAUGUUUAUCUAGUGAUUAUUGUAAAUGAGAUUUAUAUGAAUUGUAGAGAAUAUUGGAUUAAAAGUGUUUUAAUAAA